AUGAGUGUGGGAAAGAAAUCAUGUGCUGGAAAUGCCAAAAGCCAGGGCAUAUUGAGAGAAACUGUCCUAAUGCCGCCAAUACUGAAUACUGCUAGAGGAAGGCGACCUACUGCUCCAGGACGUGUGUUCGUAAUAUCUGGGGAACAGGCUGCAGUUACUGAUGACCUUAUCCAGGGUACGUGCACUAUCGCUGGAAACUCCUUAAUGGUUUUGUUUGAUUCUGGUGCAACGCACUCGUUUAUUUCUGAGGAGUGUGCGAAGAGACUAGGGUUACUAACUUUAGAGUUACCCUUCGAUUUGGUGGUGACGACCCCUGUCGCCGAUCGUCUAGUUACGCGCACGACAUGCUUGCAAUGUCCGUUGAUCUACGAGGAUCGGAAGUUUCUUGCGAAUCUUGUCUGCUUAGGGUUUAAAGAGCUCGAUGUGAUUCUGGGAAUGGAUUGGUUGGCACAAUAUCAUGUCCUCUUGGAUUGUGCCAACAAGGCCGUAGUGUUUCCAGAUUCAAGCGUUACGGAUUACUUGAAUUCGUACACCUUGAGGAAGGGUUCACCGACAUUCAUGAACUUCAUUGUGGUUGAAGCAAAGAAUGAAGGCGGCAUGCGCAACAUCUUGAUAGUACAGGAUUAUGUGGACGUGUUUCCGGAGGAUGUGCCUGGAUUACCACCGGUGAGGGAGACGAAGUUUACCAUUGAUGUGAUGCCCGACACGGGACCUAUAUCAAUGACGCCUUAUGGGAUGGCACCAGCGGAGAUGGCGGAGUUAGCCAAGCAGUUGGAGGAUCUCUCUUCGAAGGGAUUUAUCUGA